AUGCGUAGUAGGCCGUUUCGUUUCGUUCUCGCUUUGGAUGCAGCAAAGCCGACGCAAAACAACGUACCUGCUGCAACACCCUCGACCUACCACGAGGAAGCCACUACCAAGCAUCGACUACCGCACUUCCUCACUGUCAUGGACAAUUCCGUGAAAGUCAUAGCAGUACAGCCGUGCUGUGAAGCACAAGCUGAAGGGCAGUCAGAGCGUACAGCCACGGGCGACGAGACUCACAACGGGAAGGCGCGAUUGACAAGCAAGGGGUCAAAGCUGCCGUUGGAGGAACGAGCUCGCGACCACACCGCUACCAUAGCCGACAACGUCGACGAGGAAGCCGGAGUAGCGAGCAAGGUGAGGACCUAUGCCUCUGCAGGUGUGAAACGCGCUGGGAAGGUCGCUAAUAUACCAUGCAAGAUCGAGCCAUCUAAUACUACGGUGAUGGACAACUCUACGACAGCGACGGCGGGUAUUGUUGUGGAGCAUGGCGGGUGCGGUGUCUAUAUCGCAGAUCAAAGCCAUGAACGAGAAGCCCGAGAGGUCGACGCAGCGAGUCAUGUAUUCGUGGAUCCAGGACGUGCCGAGGUUACAAGCACAGUUGUAGGGGCGCUCAUAAUCGAAGCUACGAGCAACGAGGCCGUCGCAGUAGAAACGGUGUUGUCGGAAAUUGUCAUUGGAAGGGGACAUCACGAAGGGAAUGUCGUUGCGGCGGACACAAGCGACGAGCAGGAAGCACGGGGGGUCGGAUGUGGAUGGACGGAGAAGUGCCUCCAGUAUAGUGGGAGAGCAAUAAGAGCGGCAAAACUAAAGGCCAUUGAGGGAGACAUCAAUAUGACGAGCACAUUCAUCGGACUUGUGGCGGGUGCCGUUCAGCAAUUUUCUAACCCACCAUUGCGAAGCGAUAUAAUCGCAUUCACAAUUUUCACUCUGGGCAUCAUCUUCUACAUGCCGCCCCGCAGGAAAGGCCCGAUGAUUGCUGUGAUUGUUUGCCUGGUAGCGCAGGCGUGGAAGCUAGGGACAGCAGUGGGCGUGGCGCUUUUGCUCCUUUGCUCAGCAAAACUUGCUGUGGUACUUCGCAUGCUGCCGGGCGGCACUUCUGUUGAUAAUAUUUACUUGUUUCACGACGGCUACGUGGGUUCUAUCGAUGACCGUGUCCUCCUGCAGACUCAAUAG